GCUAUCGUUUCUUAACGCUCAGGAAAGAGGACAUCUUGCAAGGGUCGAAGAUAAUCCAGAGAAGAGUGAACUGUACGAAGCUGUCGACGGACGGGGUUCUUGCCUAAAGUUAUGGCGCCACCAGAGCAGACUCGUAGGUGACGAACGCCCCAGGAAAACGCACAGGGUUCAUGCACCCUGUACACUCGAUCUCGCGAGACGGAAGAAAGGUUUGUGACGAAGAGAAACGAUUGAAAAGUUGGUAGAAAGCGGCGGGCAAGGUCGGCGAAGGAAAGAGAAGGAAGAAGAGUCGGUUACCUGAAAUCUGGAUCUCGGCUAGCCAGAAGAAGCCGAGUAGCCGCGUUGUGUUCCCGCGAGGCGUGUCGAGGUGGGGGUAAGGCUAGUCGUUGGCGCGCUUCGAAAGAGCGAACCGAACGGAAGGCAAUCUGCUCGAAUCCGGCGGAGCGCGAGCAGGUUAUCCCGUGGUACCGUGUUCCUCGUCGUCGGUCGUUAUUGGAGAAGGGAGCACGGAAGGAGAAACAGAGAGGCGCUUGGAAGUUGGGAAUCGGAGCGAAAGACAGCCAGGAACAGACAGAGGGACGAAGAGAGUGAAGACGCGUCUGGUACGAGAGGGAAAAGGAUAGAGUUGAAGAGGGGGUGGUAGUGGCAGAGAGAGGGAGAGAGAGAAGGGCACACGUCCAUAGGUAGUCACGAGCUUCGACGAAGCGCCUGCGCCCGCGAGCACUCCUCGCCGUUACCUUCUCGCAUCGACCACGCUCGUCCACGUAGACGCGACAGCCGACGUGAAAGCUCGCGCCGCGAUGAAUCGAUCUCGUCGCCGAACCGUCGGACAGCAUGUCAUUCUGUCUGGUUGAUCGGACGCGGGAAGCCACGCCGGACCGUGGCGUCGAUUGCGCUCGCGCGCUCCUGCGCCAGCGCGACCAACUCUUCUGCUGCCGGUGCUCCUGCUGCUCCUGCUCCUGUGACCCUGUGCGGGUGAGUGUGCACGCGGACCGACAAAACUCGCCGCCCUCGUGAAACCCUGUCUCGGCGGAUUCCGUCUUUUUUUCCUUUCUUUCUUUUCUUUUUUUCUUUGUGCGCGGACAAACUUUCACCAGCCAUCGUACGGAAGGUCACGACGCGACGCCCGUUACACGAUUUCGUCAGCCGAGCGUGCACCGGGGUGGAAUUUCUCCUCCUGCCUUCGAAGAGAAAGAGAGCACGAGGGUGCAACCGAGUAUCCGUCGGAUAAGAGCAGCGGUAAGAGAAACGGACAGUUAGCGGGGCACAGGGAGGAACAGUGUAGCUGCAGAAGUGGAGGCAGAGGUGGAGGAAGAGGAGGAGGAGCUGGUCCCCGGUGUGGUGGGGGUGGAGGUGAUCGUCUGGUGAUGAUGAUCGGUGGCGGCGUCGUGACCCCUCCUGGUACUGCCAAGUCGGCGGCUGCGAUCGACAGCGAAAUGGUGCAGGUCGACGGCAUUGGCAGUGGUAGUGUCAGUGGCAGUGCUAGUGGUAGUGGUAGCCCUGCGACAGCAGCGACUACUACGCGUCUCGCCAACACCAACACAGCCAACGCAGCGAACAACAACAAUAACAAUGGUGAAGUUGCAAACAAUAAUAACAAUAACAAUAACAACAACGAGGGACACGCGGUGGUGAACUGCGGCACCGGUACCGCCCCGGCUACCGACAAGUUUUGCUGUCACGACGACGAUGCGCCCGUCAGCACGGGGGUGGCGCGUCCAUGGGAACCACCCUCGCCAACCUUCUCGCAAACCAGGUCGCAUCUGCUUCAAGUACAUCCGACCCAUCAUCAUCAGCACCCAGCUGCCCAUCACCAUCAACAGAUGACUGUACCGCCAGUGUCUUUGAUCGACGGUGUGAGUUUGCAAAAUUGCACCGCGGGUCCGUUUGCCAGUGGAAAUGGCGGUGGAGCAAGUCGACAACGAUUGCUAGAACUCUCACACGGAUUAGGAGCUCUAAGACAUUACAAUGACCUGGCCAAUCACGUGCUGUCGUUAAACCAACAAGGAGCUGUCGUCACCAAACUUCUAGGUACGUUACGACCGCCAGGUUUGAUCGGUGGCAGCAAGCCAAAAGUCGCGACGCCGGCCGUCGUCGCCAAGAUCGAGCAGUACAAGAGGGAAAAUCCGACCAUCUUCGCUUGGGAGAUACGGGAGAGGCUCAUCUCGGAAGGCGUGUGCAGCAACGCGACAGCGCCUUCUGUCAGCAGCAUCAACCGGAUAUUGAGGAAUCGCGCGGCGGAAAGGGCGGCUGCAGAGUUUGCGAGGGCAGCCGGAUACGGAUUAUACGCCGCGGGGCCACAUCCGUACUUUAACAGCGCUCACCAGCAUCCAACGACCAGCCACCAUUUGCCUGCUGGUUGGCCAGCACCGGGAGCUCCGGGUCACCCCUGGAUGUUACCACCUUUGGCUACCGGAAUCUCGGGAGCGGCUUCCGCUUUGCUCCUUCCACCUUCGUUGAGCCCCGGAGCGGCGGCAGCCGCUGCCGCGGCCGCGUCCGCUUCCGCAGCCGGAACCGCGGAUCAUUCUUUGCACGCGGACGCGAUUGCUCGUGGAUAUUUGCAAGAUGGCGACGGUGACGAUGGGAGCCUAGACGGAUCGGAGCAGCCCAAGUUUCGACGGAAUCGCACCACCUUCAGCCCGGAACAACUGGAGGAGCUCGAAAAGGAGUUCGAGAGAUCUCACUAUCCUUGCGUGUCGACGCGGGAACGGCUAGCCUCGAAGACAUCUCUGUCGGAAGCUCGAGUACAGGUUUGGUUUUCCAACAGACGGGCAAAGUGGCGUCGUCAUCAGCGAAUGAACCUCUUAAAGCGUUCACCACCGCCACCUCCACCCCCUCCGCCACCUCCGCCACCACCGCUGCCACAGCAGCAGCAGCAGCAGCAGCAGCAGCAACAGCAGCAGCCGCCGCAGCCGCAGCCGCAACCGCAUUCCGCAUCCGGUAUGGAAAUAAACCGCGCAUCGAGUUGCUCAAUCGCCGGAAUGGGAGGAGAAAGUAGCGCGUUUCGCGCCGUCGUCGCUAAUUCCUCUUCCAGAGAGUCGGUCGAGAGGAACGAGAGGAUCGACAGGGUCGACGCAAUUAGCAAACAACCGGAGAGAAAACCUAGCGCGUUCAGGAUGAUCAGUCAGCUGGUCGGAGAGGAUUCGCCGACCAAUGUACUCAGGUCGUCGAGUCCGGCGUACGAGCAGAGACGCGAAUCGAGCGUCGGUUCUGGGAUGCUUGUCGAGAACAAAAGAGGAGACUUUGAGCGUACCGAGGACGAAGAAGAGGACGAGGAGAUAGACGUCCAAGACUCGGACCAGGACGUUCCUUCUUCGCCCACUGUUGCCUGGAGGGAUCAUUGGACCGACCAACAACCCUUGGAACUGACCAAGCAUGAUCGCUGAAUCCGUUUUGUAAACGAAUCACUGAACCAACAGCGAGUUUCACGCGGAACAUUUUUUGCGAACAUCCGGAGGACAUUGUGAUCUAACCUGUAACCGAUCAGAUCAAUUACGACGACCUGAGUGAAAGACUUUGCCGCGAGGAAGCGCGUUAAAGUGUAUCCCUCGAUCUGCCCAGGAACCCAGGGGGGAAAAAAGUUCUGGACCUGUUCUCUCAUUGAUCGUGACCGUCGAAUCCUGAACACGAGCGGAGCAACGAACUCCCCACGAUUUUCGAAUUCCGAACGCGGAUUUGUGACUUUCCUUCGAAACCUAUCUGACGCGACGAUCGGAUCGGUAACAACCUCCUGGAAUCUCAUUGAUGAAACGUGUCCACGUGGAAAAGAUUCGUUCCUUUCAAAUAAUGUCUCCUGCUAUAAAACUACUUACUACGAUUACGGUUCAUUUAUUACGGUUAAGAUUACGAUAAGUGACGCCACGAGGAUCGCUGUGUAAAAGCGGAAUAUCAUCCCAGUGUUCGAGCUACCAGCUUAUCGUCGGCUAGAACUAUCGUCGAAUUAGAUAGGUAAUUAAUUUCUCUUACUGUAAUGUUACUCGAGUAGGGAAAGAAAAAAAGAUGGGCGCUCGACGCCAGUGAACAUUCCUCGAACCUAACCGGAACUAGUCCUAGCGAAUCAUUAUGCCGCGGAUAAUGUAUUACCUAGGCACUAAUUGAUAGAGUAGGUCACAAACAUGUGGUAAUCCUUGUAACGAACUCUGUUAAACUGACUUUUAUUUAAAUGAAUUCGUUUGUAAAUACGAAUAAUCAACGACUACCAAAUCCCUAUCCCCAAAUUCUCAUUGUCUUCCCACCUCGGACCAUUCACUUUAUUCUGAAGAUUUAUGAAAGACGAGUUCGCGGGAGUCGGUUGCCGGACGAUUCGCGAGUUUGUAAAGUUCUGUAAAGAGGGAGAAGCAAAAUGAAAAAGAAAAGGGUACGGGAGAAAGGCUCAUCGACGAUUAACUCUGAAUCUACGGUUUCGUCGGGUUCGCAAAUAAGGAAUCCGCGCGUGAAACUGGUUUCUCUGGCGACACUGUUUCGCUCGCAAACAGGGGGGUGGAGAGCACGAAAAAACACCGGAUCCGCCAACAUUUCGGAUAUCGUGGUCCCCGUCAGCUGUUAACGCGACCAGGAAAUUUAUAACCCACGCUUCGAACCGGGGAUGCGCGCACGGUAGAACCGAGGAUCGGAGAAAUGGGCUGCAAUCGUGGUGCCAUGCGAAAAAACGAUUCCCCUCUCGCCCUGUAAUUGAAACAAACAUGCUAAAUACGCGUGGGGGAUUCUUGACAGCAACAUUAAUCCUCUUUUCAGACUUUACGUUACAAAAAGACUGCUACGAGCUCUCUGCUAGAUCAACUUAAACGGUAUGGUGGUAUGCUUUUGAUUAGUCAUUAACGUUUCAAUUUACUUCAUUAAAAUUCAGAUCGACAAUGAAAUAAUGGCAACAAGAUUCAUGAAGAUCUGAAAUUAUUUUGAAAGAGCAUAGAAAAUAUCUUUUGUAAAUAAUAUAAACUUUCCUUCCUGCACUGUAUAAUAGAAAACAACAACGUCCUUCUCUAGCAUAGUCAUACCCAUGAUUUAGUCAUAAAAUGAGUAAUCCUUUAAACUCUGUAGUAUAUAGUUUGAUGUAUACUAUAGAGUCGAAAAUGUUGCACGGAAAACCUACUUAGCCCGUGUGUAACUGAAGGUUCAAGCUACAAUUACAUGAAUUUUGAACCUUCAAUCGUGAAACGAAGAAUUCUGAAA